AUGAAUAAUAAAAAAAAAAUAGAAUUCAGGGCAGACUUUUUGCAAGAUUUGCCAGUUAGUAUGAGUAAAAGUGUCGAUAUGAAAAUAAAUUCAGUUGGUAGUUAGAAGGACGAAAAAUAAUCUGAAUUAGUUGAUACACCAUACUUUGAAAAGUUAGAUUCGUUAUGUGAUCCUGAUUUGUUUAAAAACUAAAUAGAAUUUCAAAAUUCAAUAUCAGUCAAAGCUUCUACAUUGACUUACGAAUUUAGUUUACAACCAAAAUGUGAGGAUUAGUCUUCUACUGAUAAAGAGGAAAUAUAGGAGACCAAAUAAGAAGAAAAUUAAUUUGAUUAAUUUGAAAAUUAAACUGAUAAAGACGAUUUAAAUCUGUCUAUACUGAAACCAGAGAUUUUUCAUCCAACUGUUUAGAGGCCAAUAAUUAAAAGAAACUUUGAAGCUAUAAAUGAAUACAGAAUUUAAUUUAAAGAAAUAAAAAGAAUUUUAAAUCCAAAAAAGAGACCUCAUGAAGAUAUAGAAAGAUACUUUUUAGUAAGAGAAAACAAGGAUGUUUUGAUAGGAGCUAGCACAGAAUGCGAUUAUGUUAUAAGUGAUCCUUUAAAAUCAAUAAGCAAAAAGCAUGCUACUUUAAGAUAUGAAGAAGAAUAUCGCUAAUGGUUUUUAAUUGAUAAUAAUUCUAUAAAUGGAACUUAUAUUGUAUAGGAUGAAAUAGUUUUAAAGGCAGAUAUGUAGUUGCUUAUCGGUACAUUUAUUUGCGAGGUAAAAAGUAUUUUCUCUCUGGAUAAAGAGACUAAUAGAGUUUGCUUAUUCUUUUCUAACCUUGUAGAUGAAUCAAUCCAUUCUUUUCUUCUAGAAUUCGAUAUUAAACAGGAAGGAGAUGCAUACUAAAUAGGCAAAAAUUUCUAAAAGUAGCUCAAAGAAGAUGAACUUAUUGAAAACUUACAUUGCAGUAUUAAAAUGAAUUGUAUCAAAUAAAUACUGAUAUUAAAUUAGCCAGAAAUCUACGAUAAAGUUAGUAUUAAGAUAUAGUAGAAUACUCCUUUUAAACUAAAUAACGAAUGCAUAAUAAAAUUUGGAUUAUUGAAUAAGUACAAAGUAUCAAUUGGCAAUAACAAUUAAGUAGAAACUACUUUUUCUAAAAUUUCUAAUUAAAUAACUAAUUAAGUGUCUAAUUUGUGUCUUUUUUGCUCUUAGAAUGAAUCAAAAUUAUAUUAUCUAAAGCCUUGCAAUCACAAAGACCUCUGCUUAUAAUGUACAUUAACAAAGAGCAAUAACAUAUGUCCCUCAUGUAAACAACCGUUUAUUGAUUUCAGCGAAAGUAUAGAUGACUGA